AACAGACCGUAUCCUGGCAACAUUAUAUUUACCUACUGUCAAAUAGUUAUAACUCUCAAAACUGUUAAACCGAAAACGUUGUGUUCCGCAUAAUUGAGUUUAAUAUUUGAAAGCUUGUGAAAAAAUGAAGUGGUUAUUCAUCAUCUGCAGUUACCUUUUAUCGGGAGCGGCAGUUUUUGGUUCGCCUCUUGAAACUACCGAAGGUCCAGACACAAAAGCACCCGAAGUUGAUGUCGAACUUUUGAAAACUGAUCUUCUAGAUAUUCUGAAUAUGAUUCCCAGAGACAAGAUUACCGCAAUCGCUAUGAAACACCUCAAAGAUGAUGAUGGAUUUAAACAGGCUGUCAAGUACAUGACAGAACCAGAAUGGGUCAAGCUAGUAGAAGAUGUAAAAGCAAAGCCUGAAUGGGUAGCGUUGAAGAACCAUUUCAGUUCCUUCGGUUUGCCAAUUGAUACACUUAUUAACUGUUUAGAUUCUUUUGUGCAAAAUAUCACUAUUGGACCAAUCGAGGACAAGAACGCUAAAAGAAAUCUGACGAAAUUCAUUGAAGAGGUUGAAGGUGUUAUUCCCGUUACCGAGAUUUUGGUAAAAUUCAAUGAAAAGAUGCAGAAGAAUCCGAACAUGCAAGUAUUGUUACAAAAAUUGGCCGAACCCGAAUCUAAGAAUAUCUUGGAAAACGCUUUAAAACUUCCAGAAGUCAGAAAAAUGUUGGAUGAAUUAAAGGAAAUGGGUAUGAAUUUGUAUGAUUUCCUUUCUUUACUCUACAUAUUUUUGGGAUGGGGAGAACUCAAACUAUAA